GGUAUACUAUACGCGGCUCGUGUUAGACACAGGAAAUAGUAGAACCAACCAGAGUACUACUGGAGAUUAUUCCAACCAGAGUCAGCAAGUCUCAUCCAAUUACCUUCCUAAACUUGCCCUCUGUUUCUCUAUUUAGCGCUGCUUAAGGAGUAGAACCAGAAAACGUACUCGAGCUAGAAGAAGAUAAAGAAGAUGAGGAUGUGGGACGACGCCUCCACCACCAACAACGACAACAAUGUACCCAACGCCGACCAAGAUUCUUACCUUAAUUUUGAUUUCUUCUCAUCCAUUUCCAAACCCAAGGAUUAUUACAAGAUAUUGGAAGUGGGUUAUGAUGCUACGGACGAUGCGAUUCGAUCAAACUACAUACGCCUUGCCCUGAAAUGGCACCCGGAUAAGCAGAAGGACCUGGACAGUUCCACUUCCAGAUUUCAGGAAAUAAACGAGGCUUAUCAAGUUUUGAGUGAUCCUGUAAAGAGGUUAGAAUAUGACAAGAAUGGAAUGCAGUAUGUCUAUGAUUACAAUAUAAUUGAGUAUCUCAACCGUUACAAGGGUCUUAUAUUGACGUGCAAUGGUCUUGGAAUAAAGCAUUCAAUCUGGUAAAGAGAUAUCACUUUAGGUAGAAUUUUGGUUAGUGCAUCACUGCAUUUCUUCAUAAUAUCUGUUGAAGCUGCAAGUGGUACCAUUGAGGACAAGGACCUGUGGUGGUCUGUGGGUUACUGUAGGCUUAUAUGCUCAUGUAUAAAUAGAAGCAAAUAUAGGCCUUUUGGAGGACUGUGAUUAUAUACUUUUCUCCUUUUGUUUAUGAAACGGUUGAAGGGGAUUUUAGUUAAACCUCUCUAUAUAUUAAUAUAAAUGUAUACUCACAAAUUUAUGUUGA